AUCGCUUUUCUUUAGCGAGUGGAACAUUUUCGUGUACUAUAAUCUCUCCUCUGUGAAACCCGGUAACGAACGUAGUAGGCAUCUCUUACGUAAUUGACAAGUUAGCAGUCUGACACAAUAAUAGCGUUAGCAUAAAAGAAUUCAAAGAGUUCCCUCAUUUUUCCCCUCAUUUUUCUCUCUAGUAAUCCACGUAUCCUCUUUGCACAGUGAUCGAGUUCUAGUUGUUCACCAAGACAUUAGAAAAUUGAACCAGUGUUUUCUAAAUACCGGAGGUUAUCAACUGUAUUGCGUGAACGAUACUUACGUUUACAGACCCACACAUUAUUCUGAUCAAACUUGGAAAGGCUCUACUCUCGCGUUUAGCACACUGCCAGUCUACUCUCUAAAUAAUUUAUCCAUUUCCAAAACAGUUUCGAAGUGCUGCAUUCUCGCAGUCCAUUAACAGGCUGCAGUUACCUUUUAACCACACGGGUAAAAAAUUUAAGAAAAUGUAUUUUUAAACAGACAGGGCGAUAAAGAUUUGUGUAACUGUUGGAAAGGGUCAUAGACUCCUUCUCUGCUAACACUCCAGUGCAGGACUACAUCUAAGACCACGGAACAAUCAUACACACUAUUACGAGUUAUUCAGUGGCUGUGGAGGUUGGCAGUUGAAUUCUGGGCACCAUUUAUCGUGACAGUGUACUCACAUUCCAUAAUACGCUGUUGUAGACAUUGGGCACUUGUUCUGUGGCACUGGAACAACGUUCGACUGUGCGAGAAUAAACAAAAACAAAACAAAAAAAAAAUACCAUACGGUUUUCGGAGAGUUCGUCGGAUAUAGAUGCUAUUAAUUAUACUCCGUGUUCUAUUUAACGUGAUAGAGUCUUAGACUCUUAGAGACUGUUUAAUUUGUUGAUAAAUGUCGCGCAGUUGUUCUCUAUAGCUCGUACAGUGCUUGACUGUGUGAGAAUAAACAAAAACGAAACAAAAAACCUUACGGUUUUCGGAGAGUUCGUCGGAUGUAGAAGCUAUUAAUUAUACUCCGUGUGCUGUUUAACGUGAUAGCGUCUUAGACUCUUAGAGACUGUUGAAUUUGUUGAUAAAUGUCGCCCAAUUGUACUCUAUAACUCGUACAGUGCUCAACUUCAUCAGAAUAAUUCAAAAGCCGGAUCCUCUGCGACGCGACCAUAACUUGUGAAAGUUCCGUGUGGCGUUUAUCAGGGCAGAGUAUUGACGAUCGAGGCAUUCCUUAACUGUUCGUAGGCGUUGCCUGAUUUAUUUGCACAGUGCUGGUCCGAUUCCUUAAAAAGGCACGUAAUUUUCAAAGUGUUGAUCUGUAGAGGAUGUAAAUAUUAUGUGUGUUGUCUGAACAGACAUUCCCUUUCGAGAGAAAGAAACCUCAGGGAACGGAUUAGGAAGUGUGACUUUAUAGAAGGACUUUCUAAGACAGUUCAACACGCCGCGCACCGUUGAUAUUACUGAGGAAGCGUAAAGCGUCUACGUAAAUUUGUGACGUGUACUGUCGAAUGCUGAUUUCUGGAACAGUGUGUGAUAUCGAACAGAACUGUAUUCAUUAUUGUUCGCUGACGUUUAGCUGGUACGGAGGAGCGUUGGUAGGGUUCUACACUUUGUGACACUGUAGGGCAUCCGUCCCGCUUUAGCUGAAGCAGUGGUGGCAUGUAGACGGAGCCUGGAGCAAGUGACCGAGUGUCAGCGUUCAGCAAUGGGAGCCAGAGCGUUUUUGGCGGGCCGGUUAGUGGCGGUGUUGGCGGCGGCGGCGGCGAAUGCGCUAUCGGGUGCGGAAGCAGCGGAGCCCCCGCCGGAGGCCGCGCAAGGCUUGGACGGCGUCGCCGGUGUCAGCAACGGCAGCGGGGGCGGCAGCGCCGGCGGGGGCGGAGCGCGCCCCGCCGAGGACUACGAGAUGUACGACUACAGCUGGAGCGAGUCGCACGCCAUCUUCAACUGGAGCGAGCUAGCGCCCGCGCUUCUGGUGUACGGCGCCACGUUCGCGCUGGGAGUCGCCGGCAACUCGCUGAUCAUCUUCACGGUGUGCCGCUACCGCCGCAUGAGCACCACCACCAACGUCUUCCUGGCCAGUCUCGCCUCCGCGGACCUGCUGCUUAUCACCGUCUGCAUCCCCGUCAAGGGAUACAACUUAGUAAGAACAUACCCCGUCAUUAUGAAGAGAUAUGCCAUUUCAAACAAAAUGUAA